AUGGCUCCGCAGCGAAAGAAAGUAAAGACAGAGUACUCUCAGAGCAGACUUGCUGCGUUUGCAGACGGUUUUAGAUUUCCCCGCAGACCAAGGUUACAUGAGCUGAUGAGACCGCGGCCGAAUGACGGCGGAGGCGAUAAUCAGGCUCGGCUUUCGAGCUUUACUUCAGAGAGCGCGGAGACUGCUGCGCGGGGGAGUUCUAUGAGUGAAGUAGGAGAGCAGGAGGUUACCGAAGACUCUGCGGAAAGACGUGAGAUAAAAGAGGAAGUGGACGUGUGGGAAGAUGCUAGGUCGACCAGUAUCGAGCGAUCAACGCUCAAGUCUGAAUUCAACGACGACAGCCAGAGCCAGAGUUUCAAAGCAGCUCAAGAAGAGUAUAACGGAUAUGGCGACAUGGUACCCUCGUCAUCGCCUUUGCUGGACAGGCGACUACGGUCUACGUCGUCCGAGGCCGGCGAGCGCUCGAAUGGAUGGGAGGAAAUGAAGCGCUAUGUGGCCAGCUCCGAUACCGAGGAGUACUACCAGGACUCGCCGAACUCGAGUCCGGUAUCUGACAAGAUUUUGGGGGAUGACGCGAGUUUGUUGAACCGCUGUGGGAGCUCGCCGUUGAAGAGCAGGACAAUGGAAAGCAGAUGCGGUGUCGAUGACGAAGACCGAGAUGAUAUCUCGAGCGUGCCAGAGACAGAAUACGACAGUCUGGAGCUGACGCCAGAUCCGAUGUCCGUAGAGCGCGACAAUCUUCAAGAGGAUAUCACGGUACCGAGCUCGCAGUGGUCGGAGUGUGAAUCUGAGAUCACGUCGGAUACCGAGGACCCAGAGGGGCUUCACGCGCUCAUUCUAUCCCUCGGGUCUCCGCGGUCAAGGCAUCGUCUACUGACCCCUUCGACGCGACUUCGCAAGACGUCCAAAGACGGACUGAGUCCAUCGAGAAGGAAGCUGCUGGAGCGUACACGGGCAUUAUACAGUCCAACAGCCUUUCCGAGCGCGCAGCCGCAGCGCAUCAACCAAAGCACCAGAACCAGCAGCACGAAUACGAACGACGACAAAGACGCUGCUGCUGACAGUAGCAUGCAACUUGUCUUUGAUCAGCUAUCCCCUCUGAAUUCCGCCUCGCCGAGUCAACUCUCGCUCGGGGAGCCACCGCGGAUUGCUGAUUCAGCUGACGAAAGCAGCAAGCCAGCGACUGCGAAACGAUCGCUGUAUUCUUCGUUUGCUGCUGUAGCGCAGACUGAAUCCGCAGGUCCUAGCGAAGAACAGCAAGAGCAGCCUAAACGGCAAACUCUGAGGUUCCAGCGCAACAUGUCUUUCGCAAGCCGUCGCUCGUCGUCCGAGUCGACGACGAACGAAACUGCAGAGGCGGCGGAUCGGAAACUCGGCAAGGCGUGCGACAGUUUACUGAGCUCGUUGCCGCUUCCCCAGGACUCUUUAUUCUCCAUACAACAGCCGCAGGCAAAUAGCUGUAGCCUUGCGCCGUCAUUGGAUUAG